ACUGACCAUCAGAUGCCCGCGUCCUCACGCCCGGCUUUCCCUGGUUACGCUCUUACCGACUCAGCACAGGAAUGGGAACGCGCCGCAGAUCACCUGUGUUACGUUGGUCGCCCCAUCCUGCCCACCCACAGUGCCCGUGAUGGAGUUGAGCCCAGCUAUUCAUCGGCUAGAAGACGGUCAAUUCCGAGCCAGUACGCCCUCUGUUUCGUUCGCCGCUGAUCAAUCGCCAAUCAUCCGUAGUUAUAGCUCACACAGCGGGACUACCUCUCUCCGACACCCUUCCGCCCAUAACAGGCAAACUGGCCGGCGUCCCAGCCAUAGCGCCUCGUCCUCGGUGUCCUCGAGUCGACGCACAUCCCUUCCCACCAUCCACCUGCAACCAUCCCCCCACCACGCUGCCAUCCCUCCCACCGAAUCUUAUGUUCACCCGAAUAGCGGCUUAAGCGGCUCUGACGAUCUAUACUCUAAUUUAUCUUCCUUCACGUUUGGUUCUGCACACACCGGCCGCUCCGACCACCUGGAGAUGGUGAACCCCCUUGCCCCUCCGUCGGGCUCUAACAGCGCGGAUCGUACGCCUCGGCCCUCCGUCUCCGGUCCGAGCUCUACUAGUACCCAUGGAAGCUCUAGCCAACGCUCACGGACACCCAGGACACGGGGGAGGGAACUGGAGGAUGAGGGUUCGAGAGCAGAUGACGAGGACGACGAAAUGGAGCAGCAGACACGAGCAAAAAUGCGCGCAAUGAACGACGGUACGCGAAGACCUUCGCUGCCGAUGAAUGUCCGCCCGUCUGGGACGUCGCGUUCGCCCCCUCGUCGUCCCUCUGUCUCGACUUCUGCUCAGCGACCGGGUGCGAGCCCCGUCGACCGAGGACGGGAGAGCACUCCCGAGACCUCGGAGGCCGAGACAGACCCUGGGGCACGCGACGAGGACGGCGACCAUGACGCAGAAUCGGGAGACUUCGACACCGACGUUGAGAUGGAUGACCGCCAUGCCAUCACCCCAGCCUCGAGGGACGCAGACAUGUCGGACGUCGCAUCGCAGCAUACCUUCGGUGGCGACUAUCGGGAAUACGUUUACAACCCCAGCCCUAUGGGACACUCAGACGACAGGAUGGACGUUUCUGAGGCUGCAGAAACCGCCGACGACCUGCCAGAACUACCUAUAGUUACGCAAACCGAGUACACCAUCGAUCCAGAGGGUAAUGUGGCGGUGGUGCAAGCGCGAAGAGGCAGUAUCCCGUGGAUGACCUCCGAAGCACCCGAGGACGCUGCCUCCAGAGUUCGAGAAGAUAGCUUGGCGACGUUGACUGGGACGCCCACAACCCUCGUAAACCCCGACAAACACGUACUGUCUGACUCGCUAGGCAUACACCCCUCUCCGCAGAGCCAACAACAGCUGCAGCCAUAUCCAGCCCCAGAAAACGCAGCCGACCCCUUCUCCGGCUUCAAUGUGAACUACAUUCUAGGCACACGCCCAGACGAACAUGGCGAGCGCAAGUCGUGGCACUCAGCGGGUUCCGCCUGGAUGCAAGUCGACCCACAUUACACACCUCCUGUACCGCUCGAAGGCGCGAGACCUUCGGCAGAUUUCGAGGCAUUCGAUUUUCAGGGCUGGGGCGCACCCGUAACUGGGGUUUCUGGGAGGCGUCCGAGCACAGUGACUGUCAGUAGUCUCGGUGAGGACGCGUUCAUGCGCCAUUUGCAGCGGUACGAUCCCGUGAUCAGCACGCGCGCCGUGCAGUGGACGUUCAAACGGGAGGGUGCAGACAGCACGUCGCAGGACGUAGUGCCCGGGACACGCUGGGUGCAGAGCUCCGCGAGAGUAAUCGCACCGGGCACGCAGGAGUUAUGGCGGCAAGCGCACGUUGGGCGGUUCAAGGUAGACAAGUUACUGAUGAGAGCUGUCGACGAUCCGUCAAAGCCGCCGUCGCAGCGCGUCAAUGUGCGUCACAUUGUCGAUCCGUACUCGCAAGGGAACACGCUCGGCGGACCCAUGGCGGUGGUGCAUAAGCACUCGCGUGCCGCUGCGUUCUCGAUAUUCCGCAAGUACGACUUGUUUAAUCGUCAACACUCGAAGUCGCGGAGCGGGGGCACGUCCAUGCCCACGAGCUCAAGCAUCUUGCUAGCAACCAAGCGAGUCCAGGAGCAGUACACCAGCACGCGCACCACCAGCCAGCUCAACUCGCAUGGGCUCCUGAAGGAUGGUGACAACCGGUCACGGCCGCAGACUGCAAGCAGCAUGAGCACGAACGAGAGCGGCCGAUCGAGCGAACCUAGCUAUUCAAGCGACACCACGGGCAAGCGUUCUCCGAGCGACAAGAAGGGCAAGGGGAAAGACUUCAACUCCGAUGCCACGGGCAACUCUGGCCGGACCUCGGGCACCGGAAGCCAUACCGACGAGGAGUCGGUCCAGUUUGCGAAGAACUAUGCCUCGUCCACAUCCUCGGGCCCCUCCGCUCCCGUUUCGCCAACAGUAGCCGAAACGCAUUACGCGCACUCCGUUUCGGACUCGGACUUCACGGCGGCUCGCUCGUCAGCAGGACCUUCGCAUUCAAAGUUCGGGUCGCCGCCACCAACUGCGUCCUCUGAGCGCGCAGCCAUUCGGGUGAACACUUGGACUAUUGACGACGAAGACGAGCAUAUGCCACCGCGAACAUCGCAUGCUGAGGCGUUCGCGACGCUUGAUCAGAACAGCAUUGAAUACUUCCGCGGCCGGACUGAACAGCGGACAGCGGACGACUCGCACUCCCGCAGUAUCGCGGAGCGCUUGAGACGAAGACUGCUCGGCCAGAACCCAGUGAAGGUCAUCUCACGGCCUCCCUCUGGUCCACCCACGGCUGUGCUCGAUGGCAACUAUACGCCGCCCUGGAUGACCAUGGCGCCGCGGUCCAGAGUGGAGGAGCGCGAUCGGGUCAUUCAAAACUUGAACGAGUCGUUCAAGGACGUCGGUUUGUUGCCUUCUUUCAAAACCAAGGGCGGCGGGAAGAGGAGAGGCCGCGGCAACGACGACAAGGUCAACAUCUUCUCCCACGUCCCGCCAGACUCCCUCCACAUGCUCCUCCCCCUCUGGCCUGGCGAGACGGAUCCGAGUUCUACCUCCGACGAGGAUCCUUCUGUGUAUAACAUGCCAGUCGAGGAGCGCCAGUACCUCCUGGUGUACUAUGUACCUCAGCUCGAACGCGCGGAGCAGGGUAAGAAGAAGCAGGAGAACAAGAAGCGGUCGCGCUCUGGCUCUCGUUCUCAGCAUCUGUCCUCAGCUUCUUCCAACCCGAAGACAAUCAUGCUCAGUUCCUUCUCCGUCUGCGCGCGACUCAUCUCUUACCACGACCUCCUUGGUACCGGAGUGAGGAUCCCUGUUGAUGGGCUAUCCAUCACAGGCCCCAUGGUCGAGGCCAUCAGCGCGCUCCCGUCCGCUGCGAUCCGUGAGUCGCGUCUGGAGACACCUUGUGCGAUCAUCGGCGUGUGCGGUGCUCGCCACAAGGGCGUCGAGUUCCUGCCCGAGGGACUGGCCAAAGUUGGCCUUGCGGUGUCGCAGCCGUCUUCUACCCCCGCUGGCGAUCGCUUCAUGCGUCCGCUAGAGGCAGAGGAAGAGGAGCUCAUCUGGGACCUCACUCCUAUCGGAAGGGCUGCGGUCGAGAUGGCGUGGCUGGGCUGCCUCGCCAUGACAAGCUUCGGACCCGAGACAGUGCCCGCGAAGUAACAGCCUGCGAUCCGCCAUCUGCAUCUGUUAUAUCCAUGUUCUACGUCAUCUACGCCGCCUUACUCAAGAUCUAUCACGACUAUUCGUUCUGCUCACCCUCUAGCAUCUAUCUUCGAUACCCUAGGUCGUAUACAUAGCCCGGUAUGAGUAACUUUCUACCACUGUUUCAUUUAGCACCUCAUGGAUAACGUAGAAACUGUAUGAUUAUACGUCUCCUUUGUGUCCUCAAUUGCGCGAUGCGAUGUCUGUGUCUAUAAAUGUCUCUUAAUGAUCAUCAUUUCUCUAGCGAACACGCUUCCG